GGGAACGGAGCCUGAGACAGAGACGAAGUUGAGUAUUGGAAAACGGCCCAGGUUGCAGGACAAAAAGCAAAACAUGAUUGGCUUCAUAUGAAAAUGCUAAGAAGAGUUGCCAGUGUAUUUUGGAAUCGUCAUUCCCUAAGAUAUAAAUCUAAGUUAAGUUUUUUCUUCACAUUCAGGUUGAAACUAUCCAAGGUAGACAGUUUUCUGCUGAAUUUGAUAGACACUAGAACAGGUAUCUCAGGCCUUUGUGGUCAGGAAUGGAUUGUCUUCCAUUCUCUGCUCAGAAGAUGUGGAAACUUAACUUAAAUCGUCAAUGCAGCAGACAUUUUACUACUUGCUGGAAUAUCUAAUCUAAUUUUAGUCACUUUACAGAGAGGCAUAUCAAACCUUUUCAGUAUUUCCGUAUUAAAUGAGUUUUUGCUGAGGGAUAGUCUGUGCUUGUUAUAAUUUGUGACACCUGUCGGAACUGAUCUUUUUUGCAGGCUGAAUAAUGUCUACCUUUAUGCAAGGCUGUAUUUGUAAUAUUAUAUCUGCUUUGUUCAGUUCAGGUUUAGUAAGCUUUACUUUUGUAAAAGGUAUUCAUCAGUCGCAGCCACGGAAAUGAAAUAUCUGAUGGAGAAAUGCUUUGUUUUAUACCCAGCUUUUGUUUUCAUGUCAGUAACUUUUUCGUAUUUGUUUCGAUGUCUAUGGGGACUUUAUACGUAAUUUAUUGUUUUGUUUGUCUCAUGUUCUAUUUUACCCUUGCAUUUACUUGAUUUUCAAAAUGAUACUUCAUAUUUGGUUUGAAAUUUGCACAUUGUAAAAAUGCAGUUUGUUCUUUUGGGCGAUCAAUAACUUGUUCAGAUUUGAAAUAUCCACCAUUACAAAAAGAAACGAAAGCAAAGCAAUAUUAAGCCCAAACCACCCCGAACUAGUCUGUUAUCUUGGAAUAAUAUUGAAUGACAUAACUGUUGAACUUGUGAUACAGAUAGAUGAAUCUUUGUGGGUAUGUUUGACUUGGCUCAGAUUCAGCCUAAGUAAACUCUGUGCUGUGAAACUGUCUGAUACUAAUAUGAAUAUUUGCUUUGAUAAGUAUUAAACUGUCGGGGUUGAGGUCAACAACAUCCUAAACCAAGGCAGUUGAACUGUUGACUGUCUUCGGACAAUUCAAGGGAUCGUCUAGCUGGGGUGGCUCUGUUUCCCCACGGUGGAUAGGAUGAGAUCAAUCAGUCGGUCACAGUCUUCAGCCGACCACAGGUGGAGCACCGCAGUGUUGCAUUGAUUCUCCGGAAGUGACGACACAAACCAAACUGUCCCUCAAUCCACCUCGUUUCCGGCAUGGAUUACCUAGGCUGUUCAACACUAACAGCUCUGUAGUCAGGGCGUUCACAUUUGCCGGGAUAUGUAUUUCCUUUCAGGCCUGUCAGUCUAAUUUGAAACGAGCUCGAUGGCUUACCGCAAUUUGAUUUCCUCCACGAGCGUCGCAAUUUAACAAGAGGAUAAACAUGCUCAGUUUAUACCGUGCAACGAAACCUGCAUGCGUGCAUCGUGGUUGAGACAUAAAUUACGUACUGCACACGUCGGUUUGCAGCCUCGGGAGCGCAGGCGUACUUGUAUGAAUGCGGUUUGAGCACGGGGUAGACUAGGAACUUCUUCCGACCCAAGGUGGCAGCGCACUCAGGAGGUCACAGGAUCAGGCUUUGUUAUUGGUGUUGUGUUCACGAAUACAUGUACUUGUAUAACUAGUUCAUUUGUUCGCUGUCAUUGUUUAAUAUACUGAUGCUGUUGCUUUCGAUUAGUUCUUCUGUCAUCAUUGGGAGUCAAACAUUGAAGUGUGACUACAUUUUGGAACUAAACUAUUGCAGCCCGCAUUCGACAUAAUGUAUCGUCGAAAUCUCCGGGGAUUAUUUUUCGUGUUCGCUGUUGGAGUCUUCGUUUGUGGACGUGAAUGUCAAGCGUUCAACAUGGAUACUACCAUGCCAAUCACACGGACGGGGCCAGCCGACAGCUUGUUUGGCUAUUCUGUUGCUUUACAUCGAGAAAGUGGAUCUACAAACGUGUUGUUGGUGGGAGCACCUCGUGCACAGACUAACCAGCCGGGCGUAGAACGAGGCGGUGCUGUGUAUCGAUGCCCCGUCAUGGCAGAGGACUGUCAGCAAAUCACUUUUGAUUCUUCUGGGCAUGAAAUGGACGUUUUUGGGGAUCAGUUUGGAAGUAAAUCCAAUCAAUUCUUCGGUGCCACUCUGCACAGCAGUGGACCAGAUGGACCAGUCGUGGCUUGUGCUCCUCGUAGAGUUUGGACAGUGGAUGAUUUUAAUUCUUCGACCACUCAGCGAUACCUGGCUGGUGGAUGUUUUGUUGCCAGAAAUGACUUCCUUGAUAUAACAGAAAUCACUCCGUGUGAAAUUCCAGGGGAUGACCUUGGCAUCGACUUCAUCAGUUACUGUCAGGCUGGACUGAGUGCAUCCAUUUCGCAGGAUGCAGAAUUACUUCUUGGUGCGCCUGGGAGCUUUUAUUGGCAAGGUCAAGUCAUUUCCGUUAACGUCAACGAUCCAACGGCAACUCUCUACAGUCGAGAACGAUCCUACUCACAUGACAACUAUUAUCAGGGAUACGCUGUGGCUAGAGGGCGCUUCGGCAAUGGUGGCGUGUAUGCAGUUAGUGAGCCUCGCUCUACCGAGUUCCUGGGAAUGGUAUCCAUCUGGAAUGGAAGUUUCAUCUUGGUCGAUACAAUUUACGGAGAGCAGAUGUCGGCGUACUUUGGACAUUCCUUGGCUGUUACAGACGUUAACGCAGACGGUCUUGAUGAUCUCAUAAUUGGUGCUCCAAUGUUUGUCGACCCGGACAACUUGAUCGACAAGUGGGAGGUCGGCCGAGUAUAUGUCUACUGUCAGGUUGUUGAUGGACAUUUCACGAAAACAGACGUCAUGACUGGGACGCAUCCGGGUGGGCAGUUUGGAUUUUCUGUGGCAGCAAUUGGAGACGUAAAUAAAGACGGAUUUAAUGAUGUAGCCGUGGGUGCCCCAUUUGCUGGCGAGGAUGGUUCUGGUAUUGUGUAUAUUUUUCAAGGACGAAGAAGAGGAAUCAAACAGACAGCAACACAGAUGUUAAGGCCAGUGGAUUUUGAUCUAGAUAUCGUGUCUUUUGGAACUGCGUUAUCAGGUGGACUUGACAUGGAUGGCAACAAUUAUAAUGAUAUUCUUGUUGGAGCUUACAAGUCAUCAACGUCUGUUCUCGUGAGAUCAAGACCUAUUGUCCGGAUUCAGAAAUCCCUCACCUUUGAACCAGAGCAGAUAAAUCUUGACGUCAGAGAUUACCGGUUGCCAUCUGGACAGGAAGUGUCAAGUUUUAACGUCACAACUUGUCUCACAGCCAAAGGACAGGAUAUUCCAGCAACUGUUGAUGUGAAAUACAAUUUACAGCUCGAUGCUGUGUUACCCACGACCUCACGAGCAGCAUUUGUACUCGAUACCAGCUUGGAACUGUCAGAGAUGACGCGCAGAGUCAAGCUGACAACUGACGCAGAGAUGUGUCAGAAGGACCUGGUCUAUGUUAAGCUUGUGAUUGUUGAGAAAAAUCUCCCAAUUGGAGUCCGUCUCAGCUACGAGCUUGACCCAGCAGAUACCACACCUCCUCAGGGAUCAUCGACGGCAUCUACUCCAGUCCCACCCAUUCUGAACUCAACCCCUGAACCUGUCCUCUUAAGAUCACUUUUAAUAAAAAACACAUGCAAGAAUUAUCUCUGUGCGCCAGACCUUGUGUUGACUGCAACUUCAAAUAUCCAGCGUGUUGCCCUAGGCGAUGACUGGGAACUCAGUCUUCAAGUGACGGUUACAAACCACGGAGAGGACGCUUACGAGGCCACUUUUCAAGCCAACAUUCCCGAAGGAAUGGCAUUUAUUCGAGUAGAAGGAACCUCGGAUCUGUCAGUGACAUGCAGCUUAGAUGAAGACAGCAGAGUCUUAACGUGCGACAUUGGAAAUCCUUUACCAGAAGAAUACAUGGUUAAUUUCGGUAUAACCAUCGGAAACGACCGUUUAGCGGAUGAGAAGGAUGAAUUAAUCAUAAGUAUGAAGGUGGAUAGUUUAAACUUUGAACCGAUGAAUCUUACAAAUGACAACUAUGCCAACGUGACAGUGGGUGUAUAUGCUACCGCACAGCUAGGCCUUUAUGGCGUUUCUACACCAGAGCAGGUGCUCUUUACGCGCUCCAACGGCAGUUAUAACCCACCAGACCCUCAAAGAGAGGAAGACGUGGGGGCAGAGGUCACGCACCUAUACAUGCUUCGCAACAAAGGUCCUAGUGAGGUUGGCCACACAAAAAUAGAGAUUUCCUGGCCGUUGAUUUCUUCUGAUGGGGAAUACUUGCUGUAUCUGAUCAGUGCAAAACUCGGAACAGGAGAGGAUUGUCAUGUACAAGGCGGUGUUAACCCUGAAGAUCUUGAGCUUACGGAAGCCGAGGACAUUACGGAUAACUCCACUUCGUCUAGUCUCUUGAACUCUGAUCAGAAAUCGCGCAAACGACGGCAGGCUAACAACAGCUCCAUGUCAGCUCUUCCCCAGGUUGGAACUGGGGUUCCCAUAGAGUGCAAAAGCCCAUCACUCCAUUGUGUGCAAAUCACGUGUAAUAUAACGGCCCCCAGCGUCGGUGGAGAGGAUAUAGACAGCGCCCUCAUACGGAUCAAAUCAAGGCUUUAUGAGAAAACAUUCAAAGGGAAAGAUUACGUUGAAGUUUUUAUAUCAUCCACUGCUAACGCAAGUGUGUUGACUAUGCCGUAUAGAGAGUCACUUCUUCCGGAUACAUUCCCAACAGCUACUGCACAGGCAACGACUCCAGUGAUUGGUCAAACUCCAGAGCCACCUAUACGUCGGCCGACCGAAGUUACCAUCAUUCCAUUUUGGGUGUACAUUGUGGUGGCGAUCGUUAGUAGUAUCAUAAUGCUCCUUGUCGUUCUCGGAUUGUGGAAGUGUGGAUUCCUCAAACGAAAGAAGAUACAUCCACCCAACGCCCAAGGAGCUACGCAAGAUAAUUGGCAGGAGGAAGUAUUAAUUGAUGAGAAAUAAACCAUUUUCUCAUAGGCAACGUCUGGGUACCCUCCACUGAGUUCCCUUUACAUGAUGGGGAAUAUGGAACGCAAACAUGCUGUUUUACUUCAGUAACUUUUGUUCAAAAGGGGUCUACGUUUUAGGAUACUUUCAUCAUUCAAGCUGUAUUUUCCCCUGAUCUGCAAUAAUCCUACACAGAACACAUGGAUCGUCACUUAAAAAUAAAGAAAAGUGGAUCAAGUGGACUAUAAUACAUAACUUGUAAUUGUAAAUGAAAUAAGACGUAAAAAGCGUAUUUUUACUUGUUUGACCAAGUGCAGUGUUGCCAUACCCGCGUAUUUAUUGAGUAAAGGUUUAGUAUUUUGUAGAGUUGUGGGUAGAUUUUCGUUUUCUAUAGACCUUCAAAUCCUAUGCUUUCUAGCAAAAAUCUGCAAGUGCAGUUUUAAAAAUAUAUAUCUCUGGUUUAAUUUGGAAGAGUUAAUCCUGUCCACCUUUUCACCAGAAGCUAAUGUAUGAAACUGAGUACUGUAGGAAUUACUUUCAGCGUAUUAAAAAUAGGGUUAUUGCUGUAUAGUAAAAAAAAAAGGUUAAUUGAAAAAUUGUUCUUGUGAUUCUGACAACGUUGUCAACCCAAGGAUCAAUACUCUAAUGAUUAGAAAAUCUUUGUCUAGACUUACUAACAGUAGCAUUUGAACGUGUGGAGAGUAUUUGAAGAGUUUGGUGAUUAGUAAGUUGGAGCCAGGAAUAUGUUCUUCUCACUGUGAGAUUUGAAGGAAGAAUAAGCAUACCGUUUUUAUAUAUUUUUGUAUCGUUCUCGUAAAUUUGCCUUGUUCGAUUUGUAUAACAAAAUUUUCAAAGAUGCAUUUUUAGCUUCCCUAACUUUAAGGCAUGUUCUCGUAAGCUUGCAGCACGAGCGCCGCCAGGACUCUUCCGGGGGUGGGGGGGCAAAGAACUUUUUUCAAAGGAAGGGGGAUUUCUAGCGGGGCAAGACAUUCAUCAACAAUGAACUGAUAAACCUGUUAACAGUGGAAAGGGGUCAAUUGCGGUUUUUCCAGACAAUUUGGGAUUGUCAUCCUCAUGAUUUCGUCUCUUGUUUAACUUUUCCCCAAGUUUCCGUUCUGCGAACGACGUCCAUGGCUUGGAGUUAGUUGUAUAUAGAACGUGCUACGUCCGUACCAUAGACUUAAUCACAGAUCAAAACCGUUCGUUUAUUGAGAUUGAUGUCAUUGAGAAAUACAGGUUUAAUUUGCUACUUGUUUUAUAACUACAGAAUUAAAUUGAUCUGAUCAUAUGUUUCUUUAAAAUCUGUUUGUGAAACAUGCUUCGUGAGUCAUCCCUUUUUACAGAAAGAUCACAUUAUAUUAUUGUUCUAAAAUGUAAGCUACUGUCACUCACACUGAUUCGACCAGUAUCCACGAGUUAUACGGGUUUAACCUCGUCCCUACCGUCUUGCUUGUUUGAAAAAAAGGGGCCACGAUUAUCCCCAGGUCAGGGUUGCCCAUUAUAGCUGUGCUCUUGUUACGCAAUUACAUGUACAAGUAUAAAUGAAAGAUGGGCUUUCAGCGCAUCUCAUCAGA